AUGUUAGCCACAUCAUCCUCCAGUAAAGUUGUGAUUCCUCCAGAUUUUAAGUUUACAUUACCUCCACGUAAAAGAGCAAGAACAAAGGAAGAAAAGGAGCAAAGAAGAAUUGAGAGGGUACUAAGAAAUAGAAAGGCUGCUUAUGCAAGUAGAGAAAAAAAAAGAAGAUAUAUAAAGUUCUUGGAAAAGAGAAGUAAAAUAAUGGAAAAUAUUAUGGGUAAAUUAGAAAAUAGAUUGGAAACAAUAUUUAAAGAUGAUAAAACAGGUUUGACUUUAGUUAGUGAUUACAGAGAUUGCCUAAAACUCGAAAAAGAAGAAAAUGAAAAAUAUAAUAGAGAAAAGCAUAAUAAUGAAAAAAAUACUUUAAGUCUUUAUGAACAGCAUAUUUUAAAGGGAAAUGAAGACGAGGAUAAAACUGAGCAUGCUACUGCUAAUUCAGAAUCUGAAUUGGAAAAUCGUAAUAAUGAGGAACGCUUUAAUGAAUCAAAAUAUUCCAUUGAUUCAAGUACAGCUAAUACUUUAGACCAAAUUAAAAAAGAGGUAGACGAUUCUUUCGUCUUUCCAUGCUCUUUUAACAAAGAGCAAGAUAUUCCACAACAAAAUGCAUUUCCAGACAUGAAAAAACCAGUUUGGCCAAGUUCCACAAACUUUCAAAACUUAUACGACCCAAAUAUUUUCCCUCAAACUAAUAAUAAAAUUAAUACCAAUAUGAAUAUAUCCCCUGCAUCUUCAAUUUCAAGCAUUUCUUCCUUUCAAGUCCAGAACGGUGGCUUCCAGAAUGAGUUUUGGAACCCAAACUGGCUUUUACUCCAACAAAAAACUCAAAGUAGAAUUCAGAACGUUUUACCAAAUUAUUACACAAAUAACAUGAAUAACACAAUGUUAAUGAAUACCAGCAUUUCAAGUGAUGUUCCUGAUUCUCCAGCUGAGUUUAACUUGACUCCAGUCUCCGCAAGUUCCUCUCCAACUGAAAUAUCACAAUCUAACGAAGAUAUUUCUUCAAUGAGCAUUCAAAAAGAUAUCCCUUUUGAAGAACAGCCUACAGUUUCUUUCGGUGAAAAUAUCAUUAAUUUACAACCUAAUCAUCAAAGAAGAUUUAGUUUUUCAGAAUUAGGUAAUAUUAAUUUUCAACAAAUGAUGUCUAGCAACGGUACGUUCUAA